AACACAGCUGAUAACAUGGGGAGAAAUUUUUGUAUGCGUUUACAAAUUUUCACUAACUGGUGCAUACGUAUUUUUUUAUCAGUACGCCUCGAACUCUAAUAUUUGGGAACUUUUUAAAUAAAUAUGAAUAUCAAGCCGAUAAUUACAUAUGCCGGCGCUGGACCUUUAUUUCGUUCGUUGGAGGCACAGAUCUUAAAUGCUAUACCAUUGGAUACUUGUGAAUGGCGUCGUACAUUUCAUCGGCCCUCCAAACAAGUGCGUUUAGAAGCGCAAACCCAGCCCUUCAAUGUGAGUGCGCUUGAGAAAUACAAGAAGGGCGAGUGGAGCAUAUUGGAACACCCCAUUUUACAUAUUUUCGUCACAGAGUGCAAUGACCUGGACACAUACAAGACCACCGCACAUGAAGAAAUAAAAAACUGGCUAAAGCAGCUGACAGCCUACGGCAUUUCUGAUUGGAUGAUAUUACUGGUGGAGACGCUGGAUGUGCGUAAAGCAAAAAACCUAUUACCGCGCACUACAGUUUUAGAUAAAAUUCGUCAGGAUUUUGCUACGAAGAACGAUGAUCGUUGUAUAUCAGUACUAAACCCUGCGAAGUUUGAACAGAAAUCGGCUGAAUCAUUUCGUUGUUUAGUGCAACGCAUCAGAUUUUUAAUGCUCGCCAGCUAUAAUCGAAACAUUGCCAAGUACGAGGAGCUUAUACGUAGUAGGCGUGAAAAGCGUAACCAUGAUGGUUGGGACUUUCGGAAGUACUUCUUUAUGCAAGAAGAUCUGGCAUUAAUAUUCGAAAAACUAGAAUUACAUACUGAAGCGCUUAUACAAUAUGACGAAUUGGAUGCUAUGUUUUCACAAUUCAUAACUAACUCUGGUUUUGGAGAAAAGCAGAAGUGGCUCGAAUACUUCAAGCAACCCUUAAGUUUCUUUCAUGGAAUUUGCCUUAAUCGGAGAGACAAGUUUGAAAUACGCAAAAAAAUCAAAGAAGAUCCGGUUUCUAUAUUGGAGUUCCGCAAUUAUUUGUUUGAACGCCAAGCACAUCUGCUGCAACAAAACAAUGAAACACCAGAAAUAGCGAGGAGACUUUUAAAUUUUCUAUUUUCUACAUUGCGUGAAGUCGAACUAGUCAAAUUGGAUACUCAAGAGGGAGCAUUGUCGUGCUGGGAGUUUGUUUGUGCGCUGGAGGUUCUGCAAACUUGUGAACAAGCCAUGGAACCAAACGACCUUGUUUGUUUCCAGCAUUGUGCGCCAAUCUGGAAUUUGGCAAAGGACAAAUUGUAUGAAUUGGGCAAGCUGUGUGGUCUGCUGCCUGGCUUCACGCCUACUUCCGAGCAGCUACAUAUAGUAGUGCAACUAUCUGCUGGCAUUGGUGACACACCACUAGAGCAGUCACAAUUCUUGAACCCCACCCCCCAAAUUUCAGAACAGAAACGUGAUCGCUCGCCAAAUCGUAGACCCAAAAAAUCAGCCACCGAUCAGCUGAAAGAAGCUUUGGGCUCAAAUCAAGCAUUCCAAAAACUCUAUUUGGAACUAGCAGAGCUGGCCAUAAGCACAUACAAACACGUUUCACGUUUGCGUUCGGCGCGUCUUGUUGGCUUGGAUUUGGGCAACUUUUACUGCGCGCUCAAUGAGCCGCAUAAGGCCGUUGGUUUCUUUACUGAUUUGUUGCGGGAACUGAAGGCAGAGAACUGGCAUGUGUUGAGCUCGCAAACAUUGCUGGAACUGGCCAAUUGCUAUCGCAAAAUGGGUGAUUCGCUCGCUUACACCAAAACGUGCAGCUCUAUUUCAUGUUGCCACGAGUUGGAAAUGUUGGUGCGCUCAUUUUAUUUCGAUGAAUUUCUCAAGUCUGUAAAGACGCUGACAACUUCCCUCUCCGCACAACCAUCCAUGGAGAAUGCCAAUUUUUGUGUGCUCGAAGAUCAUUUUCGUAUAUGCGACAUAAAUGUGUUGAAUGCCGAACCUAUAAUACAGGAUGACAUCGUAAUUGUGCAAUUAAAGUUGGAGAGCUUCUAUCCACGUGAAGUCGUUGCUGAAAGCAUACAGUUGUCCUACGAAAUGCAUGUUUCGCCGCUUACUGGAGAUGUGGCUACACCACCGUUAAUCGUGUCUGUUAGCAGUAGCAAAGAUAGAAAAUUAAGUGGUACACCGUCUUCAUCGCCACUCAAAGAGUCGCGUCUGAAAAUGUCACUGCAUUUAGACUACAAACAGGACAAUACCCUCGAUUGUGCGUCGGUAGCGUGCGACGUGCCCAAAGCCAAGCAGCCGGUGCGCCGUACCAGUAGCACCAAACGCAAACUCUCGCCCAGCGUACAGUCGGAUUUCACGAAUUUCGUAGCAAUUGAAAACGUCGCUAUACAACCGGGCAAUAAUUUCAUAGAACUAAAAUCGAAAGCAACGCGAGUGGGCACUUGGGAUUUCAAACAGAUGCGCAUCUCCCUAUCACAGUUGGAAUUUUUCUCCGAGCAAAUUCCCUUCAAAGCACCACCAUUUGUAAUCACAACCAAGCCAGCUGCUGCGGUGCUUAAUUUCAAAAACUUAAUUGCUGGCAUUGAACAGCCGAUACGUUUGACGGUCUCCGGUGGUAGCUUUAUUUUUCCUGCUGAUGCUAAAAUCGUAUUGAAGUGUUCAAAAAAUUUGCGCAUACGCUUGGCGCGUUCAAAUGACGAACUUGAAAAAGAACAAAGUACGGUGCAAGUGGACGAGCAAGAAAGUCAAGCACUUAUCGAUAAUGAUGAUGUACUGAAGCAAAAUGUCACAGAUUCAACAUCCGCCAAGAUGGUAGAAGAAGAUGACUCCACAUUCGCUAGCGUAUUGCAGGUGCCUUUGCCGAAUUUCAAAUCAUUCGAGGAACGUGAAAUUCCAUUGGAAGUGUUGACUGAUUUGCCAGGACGUAAAAUACCUAAACAUCUGGAGCAUUAUGUUAUACUUACAUGCCCGUGGUCACGCAAUGAACUGCAGAUAGCGAUUGAUUUUCAGCCCGCGAUAGAGGCACAAUGUCGGCUUCACACCUGUGGAACGCAAAAGUUCUUGCAUGUUGUAAUGAAGGGGCUCGAGGCGAACUUGUAUUUAACGGAGGCGAAGGUGAAGUGCGAUGUGACAGGUGUGCGUUUAAUUGAUAUGAAUCCCCCAUCACAGGAACGUGUGCAAAUCUACAAAGGCUUAACUGUUUAUUACUUGUAUGAAAUACAAGUGGAGCCGCUUAAAGCGGAGGUGGAGCUACCCGCGGUCAUCAAAGUGCACUUCAUGACAAAAUACUCAACUGUGGAAAAACCCCAGCUUUUGCGGAAUUAUGGUUGCGCUUUCGAUUUAGUAGACUAUACGACGCUCUUCAAAGUACAGACACAGCUUGAGCCCAACGAGCUUUGCCGUUUGCGUUCAGUGUGUAAUUUGAAUUUGAAAAUCACCAAGGUACACGAAAACCCCUACGUGGAUUUGAUGUAUGAGGUGUUGAGUGAUCAGAAUUUAUGGGCCGUCUGUGGACGGUCGGCAGGCGUUGUAUCCAUGAAGGACGUGGACAGCCAUUCGAUUUCUUUGGAUGUAAUGCCACUGAGCACUGGUUUUCUACCUAUGCCUAAUAUACGACUGUCACGUUACACGGCUGGCGGUAAAAACAAAACUGACACGCAUUCCAAAGUGCAUCCAUUUCCACAGGGACAAGUUUACAAUAGCACCAAAAGUAUGCAGAUACACGUUUUAGCCAGCAGCAAUGGCGAACAGUAGAGUUAGAUUUAAUAAGAAUUUAGACAUAAAUAACUAAAAAUUACUGAUGAUAUUUUAUUCAAAGGCAAUCUGUGAAAGUAUUAUUGAAAUCUUUUUCAUAAAAAAAUGUUCGUGCAGCAAAAUUUAUAACAAAAUGCUGCAGAUUCGACAUUGGAGUUAUGUAUUUUUGCUAAAAAUGCUUACUGAAAUACUGAAGUUUCAUAUUACUCGUACUGUUACGUAGAAAGGCACUAAUGAAUUUAUUUUUUUUUUCGGCAGUUCUAAUGCCGUUUAUAUGAUGUUAGUUGGGCUUCAAUUGGUUAAUGUAUGACCAAUUUAAAAUGUUGUUGUUGUUGUAGCAGUUUUCUAUUUUGAAUUACUUUCAAUUAUAAGACCGUUUGGUUUUAGUAUAGGUUAGUGCAUUUCUACAUUUCAGUAAAUAUUAAUGCAAUACUAAUAAAAUAUAAAAUAUUUUACUUCAAGUUGAUUCGGUUUUUUUUCAUAUUUUUUACAAUUAUUUAGUAUUAACUAUUUGAAAUGAAAUAUUUACUUAAGGGGUUAUUACAGUUAGAAUUUUCGAAAAAUCGAUUUUAAAUAUCGCCCCCUUAGUAUUAAAAUAGCCUAUAAAUUUUUUGAUGUUUUGAGAAAAUGAAUUUCAAACUUUUUGUUGAAAGUAGCUCUCACUCAAAUCUCGUUAUGUCUGUAAAUAUUUAUUAUUUUUUGACUGACGUUUUGACCCACUUUGUGGAACUAGAAUUUGAUAAAAUUUUGACCACAUAUAAAAUCGACGAUGGAGAAUCCAAAAAUUCAAUAAAAAAAAUAAUAGCCUAUGAGCACAUAGGCUAUUGUUAUACUAAGGGGACGAUAUAUAAUAUUUAAGAAACAGAAAAUUUAAUAUCGUUCCGGUAAAUAUUUUCGAAGUUACACGCAAAUUUGAAAAGGCGUUUCAGAGUGCUUUUCAAACUUUAAACGCGUUUUUCUCCAAAUGGUGUUUUCAAAGUCGGUGAUCAACAUUACUCGAAAACGGCUAAGCCGGUUAGUUUUAAAAAUACGAGUUUCUUAAAUAUAUUUUUAGUAAUUAAUCCAAUAUUUUUUCUUACCCAUAAUUAUUUUUUUUAUAAACAAUUUAAAACCGAAAUUUUGGUCAAAAGUAGAUUUUGCUUUUUGAGAAACCGCCAUUUUGCCAAAAAAAUGUAUUUUGCUUAUUCCUUCGAUUAAUUACUAGAUUUAACAUUACUUUAACAAAUUUCAGAGGAUCCAGUUUAGAGAUAUAGUGGGCACCUCAAAACGUCUUUUUUGAGAAGAGCUCCCGGAGAUCAGCUAAAGCGCCUUUCCAAAUAAAUAUUUUUACUAAUACUAAGUCUUGAAAUACAGUUAAAAGAUAACAUAA